GGUUGUCAAUGUCAAUAUUGUCAUUCGAUCUGUAAACAUAUGAACCGAACUUUCCCAAGACAAGAAAUUUGUAUAACUUUUGAAGUAUUUUUGUAUUCAGUUUCUCUGCCAGUUUUGGUAUUUGGAGUGCUUUGUCAUCGACUUCACUUAAUAGAAUAAGUUUGCCUUCAAUCAUAGACUUGAAUGUUCUUGCCUCAAAAUGGCACAUUGGGGAUCUUUAGAUUCUGGAAUUUUACGAAAAACGAAAACAGACAAAAAUCUAGAAGACAUACUGGUAUUCGGAUAUUCGUGUAAAAUCUUUCGGGACGAUGAGAAAGCCUUAUAUAUAGAUCAAGGCAAACAUCUUAUUCCUUGGAUGGGAGAUGAUAAAUUAAAGAUAGAUAGAUAUGAUUGCAGAGGAGCUUUAUCUGAUAUUAAGCAAUAUGAGGCUAGCCGGGAAGGUUAUGACGCAAUGCGCUGGCUCGGUCUAAGUGACUCUGAAAGAAAACUGGAAGAGCUUUGUGAUAAUGAAAGAUAUUACUCUCUUGAAAUAAAUGAGGAAGAGGAAGAAAUGUACAAAGAGGAAGAAGCUAAAAGAGUAAAAACCAAUACUAUUUCAUUUAACUAUGACACCCCACAAUCUUCUCAAGAAGUUGAGACAAAGAGUGGAAUUCCUACAGUACCAGAAAAGGAAGAAGAAGAUGAACUUUAUGUACCUUCACCUGUAUUAGAUGUGCCUGUAGAUAUAAGUAUUCCUAAAACUGUAAAGGAGUAUGUUCGUAUAGAAAAAACAGCUCUGUUUGUCUGCCGCCAAGGACUUCAAAUGGAAAUUCUUAUCAAGGCUAAGCAGUCGGAUAAUCCUCAGUUCAGUUUUUUGAUGGUGAAUGAUCCAUUAUAUAAAUUUUACAGACACGUUUUGUCCGCUUUUAAGAAUGGAAGAUAUCAACCACAAAAUGAAAUAAAAACAAGUGAACAACAGUCCUCCACUGAGAAUGAAGAAACCGAUCAAAGUUCCCACUAUUUGCAUCCUAGCCUUAUGAUGGGUAGUGUCAAAGCGAUACAACCUUCGGUAUCGGUACCGUCAAUUCCAUAUCGGCCCUCAGCAGAUUGUUCCUACAGUCAACUGGUUAAUCGUAUACAAGGCUCAAGCUUAAGUACUUCAAACAAUUCAGACAUGCAAGUCACGGGACACAGCAUUAACGCCCAAGAUGCAAUGUAUGGUUUUGUUCCUGCUACCAGUAACGACAAUAUAAAUGGUUCCGUAGUUACGCCAAAUAUAGAGCAACAGUAUUAUCAAUACUAUUAUGUUCAGCAGUGGUAUGAAUAUUGGAGGCAUGCUGUGUUAAAUGGAGAGCAAGGAGCUGCUUAUGCAAAUUUACCUACAGAUUUUAUGCAACUGGAUGCGAAUAUGCAAAACUAUAUUCAUCAAAUGGCUUGGAAUCAAUAUAGUCAGCAACAGAAACAAUCAGUUUUAGAAGCUAAUUCAAAUAAUAAUUCGUACGCACAAAUUGUAUCUAAUUUGAAUAAAGAUGGCGGCAAUCCAUACACAGCAAAUGUUCCACAACUGCCCGAGGAACCCGAGAUUGUGUCAAAAGAUAAUAAAAAUGACAAAGUAUCGUCUCAGUCAGAACCCAGUCAAGGAAAGCCUACUCUAUUAUCAUUGGCAGCUGCAUAUGGAUCUGAUUCUAGCGACUCUGAUAUGUCUGAUACGGAAGAACAAAUAAAAACGAAGACUGUUAUAUUCAAAGAACCUUCAGGAGAUGCUCAAGUAGUUAUAGAUAAAAUGGCAGAUUAUGUAUUCAAAAACGGCAUUCAGUUUGAGGAAAUCAUUAAACAAAAAAAUGAUUCCAGAUUCGACUUUUUAAAUGAAACACACGAAUAUUAUAAAUAUUACAGAUCCAAACUUAACGAAUUAAAAGCAGCUAUUCAAAAAAAGGUUAAGCACCAAGAAGAAAAAAUACCCAAACCAAAGAAAAUUAUUGCUCCAGUUAGCUUUUCAAUUAAAAAAGCCAAAGAAGAUGCGCCCAAAGAAAUAAAAAGUGCUCUUCCACUUGAAGAAUCCAGCGACGAAGAAUCUUAUUUAAAUAGCAAUUCUAAAAGUCCGCAAAGCUUAAAGGAGGUGCCUCAAACAAUUGUAGUAGAGAAAGUUUUGUAUAAAAUUGGCCAACCAAUUAUUACAACCCUACCGCAGCCUAAUAAGGAAGAAGCAUUACCUGUAUCUGAAAUUGCAUUAUCCAAUCAGCCUAGUAAAAUUGACGCAGCGGAUAAAAUUCAUGAUAUUGCAAAUUCCCCUCCACAAGCCAAAUUAUUUGAUUCGGAAAAUAUACAAACAAAUCCUAAAUCUGAAAAGGCAAAAGAACAAUCACUUACUACUACUAAAAAUAAUAAAUCUCCUAUAUUUGAUAUAUUUGAUACUGGCACUGACAGUAGUAACCAACAGCAUCAAACUAAAGAUAUGCCAAAUGAGAGUGAUACAAUUUUGGAAUUAAUAGAAUUGGGAAAUGAAGAUAAAAGUGAUGAUAAGCUUAGUGACCCAAAGGAUAAAGCAUUACAACUAGAAAGAAAGCGGAAAGCAGCAAUGUUUUUAAAAUUAAAGUCCGCAGAAUCAUCAAUUAAAAAUACAUCUUCGAAAGAAACAAAAUUACAAGAUGAUAGAAGACUAAAAAGAAGAAGUAAAUCAAGAGAAAGUAGAAGAUCACGAUCAAGGGAAAUUAGAAAAGAAGUUCGUAAAGUAAGGAGAGAAAGAGAGAAAAGUGAAACACCAAGUGAAGAUGAUAAAAAGAGGAAAAAGGAGAAGAAAAAGAAGUCACAUAAAAGGAAACAUUCUGAAUCCAAGAGUUACAAAUCAAGCCGGAAGGUUAAGAAGCAUAAGCAUUCUCGAUCGCGAUCUAAAUCCAAAUCAAGAUCUAGAUAUCGCUCCAAGUCUUCAUCUAAAUCAAGAAGUAGAAGUCAUAGUAGAUGUUCACAUAUUUCAAUUGACAGCUGAUAAUUAUGAUCAGUUUGUGUCUCUACCAUAAUUCUAAUAGAUUUAAUAUUUUUGUAAUCUUACAAAAAUAUUACUGUAAAUAUUAUUUAUGAAUGAAGUUUGGUUGAGGUGUUAUCUAAAAAUAUCUUGAUAUAAGUACAUACAUUUCUUUUUGGACUGAAAACUGAGCUAACAGAUAAGUCGUAAAAUAAUUAUGGAAUAACCAAGCUUAUUAAGGCAA